AUGGCCACGUUUUUUUUGAUUGCAAUCAUUAUGGCUCAGGAAAUGGACUUGCACUUUGUUGGAACCCACACCCGUUAUUCCAGCUGGACGUCUCGGGUGGAAGCUGUCUUGGAGUAUUUCCAAAUCCCGCAUAGCUCUCAAGUCAUCAAACUGUCCGAUGUGAAAUCGAUCUCUCCAACUGGUUUCGUGCCAUUCAUCCAAUGCCGCUCAAUCGGAUCCACCACUAUCGGUGAUUCAUUGGCAAUCUGCGAAUUCCUCGCUGAAUCUCACCCUGAGCUUCCUCUCUGGCCUCGCGACCGUCAACUCAGAGCGUUGGCACGCAGCGCUGCUGCCCAGAUGCAUUCGGGCUUUUCGACGUUGCGAAAUCUAUACAGCACCAACUUCCUCGCCCGAUAUACCGGCAACGUGCCAAUUCCAGAAGAGGCUCUAGUGGACAUCAAGCGCAUCUUAGCUUUGUGGGACGAAGCACGAAAGGCUACAAAAGAGCGCCUUGCGGCGCUCGGGGAGGCUGACGAAGGUUUUCUGUUUGGAGGAUUCAGUAUUGCCGAUGCCUUUUUCUGGCCUGUGCUUUGGCGAUUCCGAUCCUACGGCCUUCCUCUGACGUCUGCGAGUGAAGAUGCUCUUGCUUGGAUGGCUACUAUGUGGAACGAUCCCGCGUUCCGGUCUUUGAGCGAGAAGUAUUACCUGCAGGCCAAGGAUCCGGAAACCCGUAUUGAGCAUUAUGAUGAUAUCUAUAAAGGCAGGGAAGACAUUCACUACGAUCACUUCCCCGAGGAUUGGACAUUCUCAGUGCCUAAAUGA